CUUCCUCUCACCAAAAACAUUUUCUAUUUAGAAAAAGAAAACUCAAAACCACUUUUUUUUUCUCUCUCUCUAAGUUCAUAAGAAAAUGGAAGGAAGACAAUAUUACCCUCCAAGAGAAAACGUCGACGGGAACAGAACAGCCAUGGGAGGACCUCACUCGCCGUGGCAUUCACCUGUUCCUUAUCUUUUUGGUGGUUUGGCAGCGAUGCUUGGUCUCAUAGCUUUCGCUCUUCUGAUCCUCGCUUGCUCUUACUGGCGUCUCUCCGGUUAUCUCGACGGUGAGGAGGAGCAGAGCAGAGACAGAGAUCUUGAGGCCGGAGAUGUGAAACCCGAUAAAGCGGUGAAGGCUGCACCUUUGCCGGAGAAGUUCUUGGUGAUUAUGGCCGGAGACGUCAAGCCCACUUACUUGGCGACGCCGGCUGAAAAGAGCUGUACUUGUGACUAUGAUGAAGAUGGUGAUGAUGACGUGAAGGAUGGUGAUCAGGUGGUGCGUCGGAGUACUGAGAGUAACGGUGCGACACAGUGAGAGAUGAAGAGAAAGAAAAAACAGAGGCUCGUCUUAGGUGAACAGUUCAUGAUAACUGUUUGCAUCUGACCCGGUUGCUUCUGGUAUUCGGAUCGGGUCUGGUCAGAGCUCUACAUGAUGAGAUUUAUAGGCUAUAUAGUCAAAACUAGAAAAAAAGGGAAUUGGUUCUGAUUAAUGUUAUUUAAUCUCAGCUUUUUGCAUUAAUUUACUUAGGCUUUUUAAGUUGUAAGUUUGUAAUUCAUCAGUCUUGUUCCAAUUCUUAGUUAUAAUGAAAAAAACAUCGGAAAAUUGUAAAUUUUUAGAGACUUUGAAUGGAAAAUUUAUGAUUUUUUAGCUAAAAA